UUCUAUCAACAAAUUUGAAAAAACUUGUUAUUAGAAAUGGUCAUUUUAAUCAAAAGCUCGAACCAAACAUGUUCCCAUCCAGUUUAACCAGUAUCGAAUUCAUUGGUAUUUUAUUUGACAAUGAUGGAGGCAAUCUAUUAGCCGAAGAUAAUUUAUUCCCAUCAUCUUUAACCUAUCUCAACUUGGGUGAUACUUUUAAUGAACCAAUUACAGGUCUUAAAGUGCUACCAGAAAGCUUAAAAACACUUAUACUUGGUGAAAGAUACUAUCAUAGAAUUAAUGGUGGUUCAAUACCAUCUGGUUUAGAAUUGUUACAGAUCAAAAAUCAAAAAUACAACAAAUUCCCAAUCAAACUACCUAAUCCAAAAACCAUUGUGGAUUGUUGUAACUAUUAUAAACAAUUCGAAAAAAACUUUGAAAAAUUAAUUUCAUUCAAAGCUCCAAAAGAGUUUAGAGCUUCAAUCAAUCCAGAACUGUUCACAUUAAAUAAUAGAUACAGUUUAAAGUAUCUCGAUUUAUCAGAGAACUUGGUACCAGAAAUUGUAUUUUCAGAAUUACAAUCUAACUUCAUUAAAACAUUGGUACUAGGCGAUUAUGAUUACUCUGAAAUUAUCAAUAUCGAUAAUUUUCCACAUUUGGAAACUUUAAUUGUCAAUGAUGGUUGCCCGUUAGUUGAUCAUAACAAUCUGAAAACAAUUAUUGUAAACAGAAAAUGCACAAAAUUUUUGGAUUUAUUAGAUCGAAAUUUCCACGACAUAAUAAAAUUAAAAUAAAAAAUAAAAAAAAUUAUAAUUAAAGGUUUUAAAAAAAAAUAUAUAAAUAAUGUAUGAAUGUUUAUUUCUAUUAUUACCAAUAAAUAUCUAUACUAUUGAAAAAUCAAAACCAGCAUCAACAAUACCUUUACUUGUAAUAAUUGAUAU